CAGGGCCAUCUGCGUACAACGGAUAGCCGCAACUGCCUGCGCCCGGCGCCUCUGCAAGAUUGCAGCGUGCAAGCGAAACACACCUUCCCCGUGAGACCGUCGCCUAGAGCGCCUGCGGGGGCCUUGACUCCUCCCUCCCCUCGGCCCGCUCGCCGUCGUGAUGCGCAUCUUGCUCUGCCUUGCGUUCACCGUGCUCGCCACAGGCCUCGCCUGUGCGCGCGAUGAUGGGCAUCAACAGCAGCACCAGGGAAUUCGCGUGCUGGACGGGCCUGUGCCCGAAUUUGCGGCACGUUUCAUCGAGCACCUCGACGUUGAUGCACGCCCUUUUACCCGUGGCGACAACGCAGAGAGCGCAACUAAUCAACUGCCGUGGUCGGCAGAUGCAACACCUCUCUAUCUCGAGCAGUCUGCCGACGAGCGUUUGGGAGGCGACGGAACUGAAAGUGACAAUGCGGCUGCUCGCCUUGCGUCCCUUUGCCCGCCUUCUGGGAAGCGCACACGCAAGAUCGCUGUCGUCGGUGCAGGUCCAAGCGGGUCAUCAGCCGCUUUCUUCCUUGGCCAAGCGCAGGAGAAAUUACGCAAGGACAAAAAAUGGCGGAAACGGCAGGAGAAAGAAGAGUGCGAAGAAGAGCUAGAAAUUGUCGUCUUUGAAAAAGAGGAGCGAGUUGGCGGUAGGGCCACUGUUGUGCACCCUUACGACGACCCGGAGAAUUACCCUGCCGUCGAGCUUGGCGCCAGCAUCUUUGCCAAUGUCAACCGCAAUAUGGUAAGAGCUGCAAAGCGCUUCAAUCUGCCGACCAGUGCCCACCUAGGGGAAGAACACGGCGCGACGAGUGUCUGGGAUGGCCAGCAAUUCGUCUUCGAGAAUCUUGAUGAUGGCUGGUGGAACAGUGCCAAAAUGCUUUGGCGCUACGGCUAUUCACCCAUGACGACGAAAAAUCUGGUCAAGGACCUCACAGAACGCUUCUUGAACCUCUACAAUGCUGCUUGGAUGCAUUCGACCGGUGUAUCGAAGCCAAAAUUUUCCUUCCCGUGGCGGUCGAUCGAAGAAUUUGCCGCUUCGCUCAACUUUUCUGAACUAGCUGCGGUAUCGACGCUGGACCACUUUUACCACGAAACGCGCAUCUCAAAGCUGUUUGUGGAGGAGAUCGUUGAAGCGGCCACGCGUGUCAACUAUGGCCAGAACACUGACGAACUGCAUGCGCUGGGUGGCGGCGUCAGCCUCGCCGCGAGUGGAGCGGCUGGUGUCAAUGGCGGUAACUAUCAGAUCUUUGAGCGCAUGCUUGACGAGAGCGGCUCCAAGCUCCGCCUAGGCAGUCAUGGACGAGUGACUGGGAUCAUCAAGUACAAGAAUGUAGAGGAUGCAGUCGCUUCGGGCAAAGUCUCCGCCGCUGCCGCCAUGGAACAGCAUUGGCUCGAGGGCUCGACCAAGUACUACGUCGGCACCGUGUCCAACUUCGGCGAGCUAUACGAUGCCGUCUUCAUCGCCGCACCGUGGCAAAACGCCGGUAUCACGCUACUGGGCGCCGAUGCACACUUCCCACCGAUCGAGUAUGUCCAUCUGCACGUCACGCUCGCAGUCACGAACACUUCGAGCCCGCGCCCGGAAUACUUUGGACGUGGCCAAGACGAAGUGAUGCCGAAAACGGUUCUGACGAGCAAAGUCAGCGUGCGGAAGGAUGAACGUAAGCAAGGCGCUAAACAGGAUUCGCUGGAGACCAUCCUUAUGAACAAGAGCAGCGUGCGGAAGAAUGAUGGGAAGCAUUACAUUGAAGCGAACUCGCAUCCGAGGUUGGAGUUCAACAGCCUGAACUAUAUUCGCAAGCUCCCACCGAGAAAGGCACGCGAUGGGUCCUUCGGAGCAGAGGAACACCUCGUCAAGAUCUUCUCCGCAGACGAGAUUUCAGAUGAAAAACUAGAUGAGCUUCUGGGUGCAGGUACAGUCAGCUGGGUCCUGCGCAAGACCUGGGACGCAUAUCCUCGACUGAAGCCAACACGCGAAUUCCCUCCGCUUGUUGCGGACGAGCGGCUUUACUACAUCAACGCGCUCGAGCCUUUGAUCAGCACGAUGGAGACGAGCACGAUCAGCGCACGCAAUAGCGCUGCGCUGCUCUUACAAGAGUGGUACGGCGACGAAUUCAUCCAUGGUGGCACGAAUUGCCCCAAUUUGACAGAAGCGGACGAAGGAGAAAUCGACCAGGGUGAUGAUGAUUGGGCUGGAUGGGGAUGUCGCAGUGCGUAGGAUUAUCUUUGUUGUGUGCUCUUAUCUCCUCCGUUUGACUUUGUAUCAUACAUCCAUUCAUGCUGCAGUCGUCGAUGAAAUUGUUUACAAGAAAUGCUUGAAGAGUUACGCACGGGCAUGCUUCGAUCAUAUCGUACAUGAGAAUUGGGAAGCGAAGAAUCUGCCGGCCAUAUGUGGAUCAGACCAGUCUUUCAUUUCGGCCACAGAAGCUUGUCUUGCAGCUGUCAGACUCAUAACUAGACACCUGUGUAUCCUGCAUCACACCUGGAAGC